GAAACCGGAAGAAUGAAUGAAUCUUUAGAACCUAAGACUCUAAAAACAAGUUUCACCAUCGGCUGAGUAGGUCUGCUAGUAAAUAAACAAACCGGAGUUAUUAGGUGUAACAUUGAUGUCGAGAAAAUGGUGCAAGGGGCCGACAAGUGUUAAAUUAAAUUUGUCCCGAUGAUAUUGCCAAGAAGAGAAAGCCGUUCAUGGACAUAAAAAUCUAUAUAUAAUAGCGACUGACUCCUCUGUAAAUGUCUUAAAAUAUAAACCCUCAUUUCGACAUAGAAAUCUAUAUAUAUAUAUAUAUAAUAGCAAACCAGUUUUUGGUAAUCGAUGAUGUCAUCAUUUUUUUUAUAGGAAAUAAAUUUUUUAAUCCAACGGUCAAGUUUGUUUGCUUUUAACAUCUAACCAAUGUGAAGAUCUUUUAAUCUAAGUGACUUACGUCACUAGAACCAUAAUGAUUGGCAUCUUUCUACUAACAGUCUCCUCUCAAACAACACAACCCUUAAAUUAUGCCUCAUUGACUAUUUAUAUAUCUAUGUUUCCCAUCUUUUACACACACUAGAUCAUUUCUGUGCUGUAAGCACGGAUAAUAUAUUUAAAUUUGUUACAUUUAUCAUUUUUAUUUGGAGAAAAUGGUCAUUUAAAUACCAAAAAUAUUGGCCAAAAAAGUACAAACUUUCCUUUAAUCCAAAUAAAUCACAAACUUCUUUUGACCUAGCCAUAUAAGAUAUACUUUCGGUCAACUGUUUCUGUCGUUAAAUUUCUGUCUACUGUUCACGGCUAUUCUUACGUCGUCGUUUUAAAAAUAGAACAUAAUCUUACAAAAUCACUAAAUUGAAACUCUUAGAACCCUAACGUGGAGGCCAAUUCGUUUCUUCUUUACGAACUCGAUUUCAUCUUCUCCUUGAAUGUAAAACCACAAAUAUUUUCUUCUUUAUAUGAUGAGACCCCAAAAGUUUCCUAUACGUCGAGGCAGAGCUAGAGAACGUGAAACUCCACUGGUUUUUGAAGGUGAUGAAACAGGGCCGAGUGCAAAUGAUGGAGAUGAGCGUGAACUCAUACCUGGUGAUGAUUGUGAGGCUAUUGCUGAUGAUCCUGCUGAUGAACUCGAAGAAGAAACGAACGAGGUUGAAGAAGAAGAAGAAGAAGAAAGGAAUGAGGAAGAAGAAGAUGUCAGAAUUGAUGAAGAAGUUUGUGAGGUUUUAUCAUCACACUUUGGAGAUGUUGCAAGGAAUGAUGGAGAAGAUAACGAUGACAGUGGAGAAGAGGAUUGCUGGACAGAGGUUAAUAUACCUGACCCUAUAUCAUCUUAUGAUGAGGAAGAAGAUGCGCGACGGGAAGCUCGUGAGGAUGCAGCAUCAGCUGAUGAGGUUUUAUUCUUGGGAAAGACGUUUUCAUCUUCAUCUGAGUUCAAACAAGCUCUUCUUAGGUAUUCUCUGAAAACAAGAUAUGAUAUUAAGCUCUACAUAUCAACACAAAUGAAGCUUGGUGCUGUUUGUUCUGACACUGAAUAUGAUUGCCCUUGGACAGUGUAUUGCUCGUAUGAGAGGAGGAAACAUAAACUGCAAAUAAAGGUUUAUGUAAAUGAACAUGCUUGUGUACGUUCCGGUUCCUCGAAGAUGUUGAAGCCUUCAUCAAUUGCGCUGCUGUUUACGGAAAGGUUAAGGUUGAAUCCUAAGCUCACAGCUAAGGAAAUUUGUGAAGAGAUCAAGAGAACCUACAACUUGACUGUUACUGAAGAGCAAUGUCGAAAAGCUAAAACUAAAAUCACAAGGGAAAGGAGAGCCGGCCAUGAAACACACUUUUCCAGAAUCUGGGAUUAUGAAGCAGAGCUUCGUAAGACUAAUCCGGGCACUAUAACAGAGAUAAUGACCAUUCCCGGACCAACACCAAGAAGUAAGCAAAGGUUUGAUCGCAUCUACAUCUGUUUUGAAGCACAACGUGCAGAUUGGAAGUCGACUUGUAGACCAAUUAUAGGACUGGAUGGUGCAUUUCUGAAAUGGGAUGUGAAAGGCCAAUUGAUCGCUGCAGUUGGAAGAGAUGGAGAUAACAGAAUUGUACCUAUUGCUUGGGCAGUUGUGGAGAUUGAAAAUCACAUUAACUGGGCAUGGUUUGUGAAUCACUUGAAAGUGGAUUUAGAACUCGGUGAUGGGAGCAACUUCACAUUCAUAUCUGAUAAGCAAAAGGGUUUUGUGAAAGCUGUUCAACUUGAACUUCCUAACGCAGAACAUCGCAUGUGUGCAAGACACAUCCUAGGAAACUGGAAGAGGGACAGCCACGACCCACAGCUAGAGAAACUAUUCUGGAAAAUAGCCCGCAGCUACACCUUAGGAGACUUUAGAGAACAUAUGAAUGAACUGAAGAGCUACAAUCAACUGGCGCAUCAAACUCUACAAGCUACCAGUCCGCAUACAUGGUCUCGAGCUUAUUUUAAGGUUGGUUCAUGUUGUAAUGAUAAUUUGAACAACCUUAAUGAAUCUUUUAACAAAACCAUACGUGAGGCUAGGAGAAAACCACUACUUGAAAUGUUAGAGGAUAUAAGGCGCCAAUGUAUGGUACGUACAGCAAAAAGAUCCAUCAUUGCUAAUAGGUUGAAGACUAGAUUCACAAAAAGAGCACAUGUUGCGAUAGAAACUGCUAUAGAGAAGACUCAAGAUUGUAUUAGAUACAUGGCUACAGGUGAUGUCUACGAAAUUCACUAUCACAACUGUUCGUAUAGCGUUGAUAUGGGUUCGAAAUCAUGUGGUUGUGGGAUGUGGCAACUGAAUGGAAUCCCUUGUAACCAUGCUGCUUGUGUGAUCCUUGCAAAGAAGCAUAAAGUAGAUGACUAUGUUUCUAAUUAUUACACAACCAUAAGAUGGAGGAAAACUUAUGAGUGUAGUAUUAGGCCAGUGGAAGGGAUGAAACUGUGGCCUAUGCUGAAAAGGUUGCCGGUCUUGCCUCCACCAGAUAGGCUAGGUAACAGAGGAAGACCAAGUACAUAUGCAAGGCGAAAAAGUGCAAAUGAAGCAUCUUCUUCCUCUAGUAAAACCAAGCUAAACCGAGCGAAGCGUGUCAUGACAUGCUCUAACUGCAGAGAAGAAGGACAUACCAAGGUGAGCUGUUCAAAACCAAUAGUUCAACCUGAACCUAAACGUCCAAGAGGUCAGCCAAAAAAAGAUUAUGAAGGAGGAUCACAAGGCUUUUCACAAAGUGAAUCACAUGUUGGCUCACAAGGUCGAUGAUGGUCGUGGGAUGGAUUUGUUAUUUAUUAUGAUAUUGUUUUCGGUGGUUGAUGCUAUUUUUUGUUAUGGAAUCUCCACCUAGCUCUUUUGUUUCAGACUUUGUUGGAAUCACCAACUAGCUUUUGUUUCAAACUUUGUUGGAUUUCUUUUUGUUUUAUGCAAACGUGCUUUUGUUAGUUUCCAAUGCGUCUUUGGUGAAACAAAAACAAUGAAAAUAAGAGGAACAAUGUCAAAGAUACAAGAGCUUAAUAGAAACAAUUGUUGUAAACUGCAGAAAAUUGCAGGCCAUCAUCAUCACUUCUUUAUUUACUCUGUUUUGUGUUCGUGUUCAAGAAUAAGAAAUACGUUUUUGGACUUUUGAAAGCUUAGAGUGAAGUGGAUGGAGAAACUGUUUUUUCACUUGCUUACAUUACACAACAUUGGCCACUACAUAUUUAUAGAGGAAACAGAACACUCUCGAUCUUCUCUAUGCCAUAGCCUUAUUUUAUGCUUAGGAGUGCUCUCCAUAUAUAGCCCACACUUUAUGACUUAUACUGCAACAAGAAAACUCAAAAGACUUUUACAAAAGACUUUAACAUACCAAAAGAACAGCUUGACUUGUUACUCUUUUCCCACGUUUAAUGCUUUGUGGUUUAAGAACAAAUAGGCAUCAUUCAACAACAAAUACAGUCUUGAGACAAAGAUACAAGAGCUUAAGAGAUGAGAUAGGCAACUGUGAUUAAAACCAA